AUGUCUAGCCAGCUCGAGGAUAACCAAAGGGUCUUAACCGUGUCAAUACCCCUCUACGAUGUGGACCAGCCACGUACAACACACAACCCCGCUUCCAUGGGCUCUGGGGCAAGCGCACAUUCGCCGACUCCUGUUCAGCCUGAACAACCAUCUCAACCAGACGUAUCUCCGGAUACGCAGACUGUGCACGAUAGCUUAACGCUCAUGCAACAAUCCCUCAAUCGCUCUGUCACGCUUGUUGUCUGGUACAAGUCAGGAAAUGAGCCAGUCCGGCUUACGCACGAAGUAUCCACGUUCCCUCUCUUCCGACUCGCAUCUCUCCCUGCAUUGCUGGCCGACCUCGAGUUAUCCGAGGUGUCCUACGUCGAUACAUACAACUCUCAAACAGGGACAUGGGAGCAGCAUACAGUCUCAACCGUGCGCGCAAUUCAAAGCGAGCAGCGCCUCUUGUACAAAAUACGCAAGAGCCUUCUGAGCGGGCUCGCCGACUCCGAGUGUCCAGGUGUCGAGGCCGAGCUUGCAUUGCAGCCUGGUCCCAGAAGAAAACCGUCGCUACUGCCCACGUACAACCAGACAGCGGCAAGCUCUAGCCUCAGCGACGUGCAGCAGGGCUCACUUAAGCGCCUUGCGCCAGACUCUCAGCGCCAAGAUGCACCCGAGGCGAAGCGGAUGCUCCUGCCCGAGGGCUUCGUUCACCCGAUGUACAUUCCUCACAUGAACUACAUGUUCUCUUCACAGCCGGUACCAUACCCUCACCUCCUCGCGAAUCCAUCAGUCGUGAACGACACAGCCCAUCACCCUCCUGGUCCGAUUGCGCACGCGCACUCCGUGCACCACAUGCCCUACACCGCUGCCGCGUUGGCAGCCUCGCAGGGCAACACCCUCUACCCUCUUCCUGGCACUACACACGCGCCGCCUCCAUCCGCCUCCUCGCACCACAAUCACCCACACGAUCCCCCCAAGACCGCCUCUUCCAGCACAUCCGCCUCCGGCAGCGGCGGGGCCAAACGCACCCCGCCGCACCCACCACAAAAGCGCUGGCCGAACGACUACACCGUCUCCGAGCUCUCCGCGGGACUCGCGCGCGUCGACGCGCUCGUGGGCGGCAGCGCGAGCGGCGCGAUGACGCAGCGACUCGCGUUCGAGCGCGUGUUCGGAUGCCGGUAUGUGAAGAGCACGGUGUGUCGGCAUCGCGGGCUGUGGCGGCGCGCUGAUCCUGCGGUGAAGAGGCGGUUUGAGGAGAUGGCUGGGGACGAGAAGGCGAUUUGGGGCGAGUUUGUGAGGGCUGUUGAGGGGAGGGCUGCGAGUGCGGCUGUGAGCAGGGAUAUGGACGUGGAUGUGGUGAGUGCGGAUGUGGAUGGAGAUGUGGGCGUAGGGGAUGAGGAGCAGAGCGGGGCUGCGGUUGGAGCUCCAAGGGACGACGGAGAAGAAGACGGUGUGGGCGAAGAUGAAGAGGAAAGGGCGGCCGAACAGGACCAGCAGGCUGGGGUCAUUUCCAUCACAUCUGAGGCAGGAAAGCCUAUCAGUCUUCCGCUGGACCAACGUUCGAUACCAGGGUCAGGGGGUGCGCAGGCAUAAACGCUUAACCCUCCUGCGGAUGAUGGCAUACAUAACGGACAGGGCCCCGUAUACAACCCCGCAUCGUCAAGCACACCAUCAAUGAACGCGGCGACCGCGCCUGUAGCAUCGCAGUGACCCAAUCCUUAUCGUUUUGCCUUUUGACGUUCUAUUGGCUGCUGGACAUUCACGUUCGUUGCAAUCUCCCCUCACUCAAACACAAUCCGAAUCAACGCAACACUUGUAUCAAACCCGGGGCUCUAGGGUAUUCUGUGCGUCAUCCGCCAGGACUUUCUCUCUCGAACGUAUUUAAGCUGUCUCGCUGUCUCGACUAAUUCCUACUUUACUAUAUCGAUUUCGCGCCUUUCGCGCAUCUCGUCGAGUUGUUGAGAAAAGCGUAACAAACGGCGACGUUAAACGUAGCUUGACCAGUCAAUAUGGCUGAGCAAUUCGAAACCUCGCCUCGGGUCUUCCGAGACCCCAUCC